AUGCGUCUCCUCCUAAAGCAAGCGACACCCUAUCACACAUCAUUGUGCAUUCUUUCUGGUGAGAGGUUCGAGAAUAAGGUCCGAUUAGACUGGCCACCUCCUUUUCUAGAGAAUAAUUCGUAUGUUCAGAUUUUGGGUUCUUCUAGUGUUAAUGGCAUUUUUUGUCUAUUCCAAGGCUGUGCAUAUAUCAUUACAACUGUAUUAUGGAACCCCGCUACCAAGCAAUUUAAACUCGUUCCUCCUAGCCACCAACCGGCGGAGUGUAACACUCGACCUGAGGCAUUUGGCUAUGACCCUGUUAGAGAAGACUAUAAGGUGCUUAAAGUAGUUGAAUAUCCCCUGUGGUUUGAAGGUAAUUGGGUUUGGUUGCCAGAUGCGAAUAACCACUAUUGGAAGAUGAAUGAGUUGUUGGAUGAUAUGUUGGAUAAUGACCACCAAUUUUGGGAUGGGGGCCACUUAACAUGUAUGACCCUUUCUGGGAGAUAUAUAGCCAUAAAAGUAAUUCUUGGAAAAAAGUUGAAGGCUUUGAUUAAAUUGUGA